GCCGCCCACCCCUGAUAAAGCUUAAAGGCAGUGGUAAAGAAUCACGCUAAUUCACAAACACCCCAGCGAGUCUAGAUAUUCAUUGUGUCUAGACUCGCUUCUUCAAAUCAUUCACACACACCUACGAAAGCACUGACGGACUUCAACACUGUGAGUAUGGCAGGCUCCUCCACCAGGCGGACAGGGAACCAACAGGCAGAUCUAAGUCCUGAAGACAGAGGCCAGUGGGCAAACAAGAUUGAAUUUCUGCUGACCGUGGCCGGAGCUAUCAUUGGGCUUGGAAAUGUUUGGAGGUUUCCAUAUCUUUGUUAUAAAAAUGGAGGAGGGGCUUUUCUCAUUCCGUAUGUCUUGUACCUUCUUACCUGUGGUAUCCCGCUUUUUGUGCUUGAGACAUCUUUGGGUCAGUACACCAAUCAGGGAGGCAUCACAUGUUGGAGAAAGAUCUGUCCUCUUUUUGAAGGAAUGGGUUAUGCCAGUCAAAUGAUAAUUGUCUAUGGCUCAAUCACCUACAUCAUCAUCAUAGCCUGGGCCUUUCUGUACCUUUUCUCAGCCUUCAGUGUGGAACUGCCCUGGGCCAGCUGCAGCAAUCUCUGGAACACAGAUGCUUGUACUGUGCUUGGGAAGAAUUCUAGUUCAGAGUGGACGACUCCUCUUAAUGCCUCUUCCUCUGUGAUGGAGUUCUGGCAUCACAGAGUUUUGCGGCUGUCCAGUGGAAUAGAGCAUUUGGGCACAGUAAGGUGGGACUUGGCUCUUAUUCUAUUACUUGUCUGGAUCCUGGUCUACUUCUGCAUCUGGAAAGGCGUGAAAUCUACUGGGAAGGCAGUCUAUUUCACAGCAACAUUCCCUUAUGUAAUGCUCCUGAUAUUGCUCAUACGAGGGGUCACUCUACCUGGUGCCAUAAACGGCAUCAACUAUUAUAUAUACCCAGAUCUGACACGGCUAGCUGACCCACAGGUAUGGAUGGACGCUGGUACUCAAAUAUUUUACUCUUACGCCAUAUGUCUUGGAUACCUCAGCUCUCUUGGAAGCUACAAUCAAUAUAACAAUAACUGUUAUAGGGACUCUUUCUACCUCUGCUUUCUGAACAGCGGAACCAGUUUUUUAGGUGGAUUUGCUAUUUUCUCCAUUCUGGGUCACAUGGCACAGGAGCAGGGGGUGGACAUUUCCCUUGUGGCCGAGUCUGGUCCAGGACUGGUGUUUAUAGUGUACCCUCAGGCAGUGACAUUGUUGCCGUGGUCUCAGUUCUGGGCUGUGUGUUUCUUUAUCAUGAUCAUCCUCUUGGGCUUGGACAGCCAGUUUGUUGGACUGGAGAGCAUAAUGACGUCGGUGACAGAUAUCUUUCCAACGGCGUUGAGACGUGGCUUCAGAAGAGAGAUGCUACUUUUAGGGAUUUGCCUUGUCUGCUACUUGAUGGGCUUCUUCAUGAUCACAGAGGGUGGUCUGUACAUCAUUCAGUUGUUUGAUCAUUACGUUUGUAGUGGAGCCACUCUCCUGUUCCUGGCUACAUGUCAGUCUGUGGCCAUUGGAUGGGUUUAUGGUUGGUGGCUUACACUUAAAUACUCCUUAAAUUGUUCUUACUACUCUUUCAUGGGACUUUAUGUGCUUAUUUUCUCGGGUGCUGACCGAUUCUAUGAGAACAUAGAGGACAUGAUUGGCUACAAACCCUGGCCCAUGAUGAAGUACUGCUGGCUCUAUGUCACCCCCUCUGUCUGCGUGGGUACCUUUAUCUUCUCUCUGGUCAAGUACAGUCCCUUGAAGUUUAAUAACACAUAUGUGUAUCCAUGGUGGGCAUAUGCUAUUGGCUGGUUCCUCGCAGUAUCCUCUCUCUCUCUCAUCCCCAUUAACAUGAUCUACAAAGUCUAUAAGCAGAAAGGGACCUUCUGGGAGCGUCUCCAGUUGGCUUGCACUCCAGCAGAGGAUCUACCUCAGUCUCAGAGACCCUCAGCACACCAUUAUACUCUGUCAUCCUGUACAGACAGAGAAAAGUCCCCAGACAGCCAUUAAUAUUCAAAUGCCAUUACGCCAGUUGUCUCUAAAUAUUAAGUAGCAGGUCAGUCAAUUAGUCCUAAUGAGUAAAUGUAUUAAGUUUUUCAGUUUGAAGAUUUUUUUUAGUUAAAUAGAUUAAAAAGGCAAAACAUUAGCAUAUAAGGUAUCAGCUUACACAACUGCAUAUAUCCUUCCUUCUGCAUAAAAUAAGCUAAUAAUACCUUGUUUUAUAUAAAAACGUUUAUGGACCGUAAUCUAUUAGUGCAAGUUUUGACAAAAUACAUUUAAAAAAGCAAUGAUUAUUCGUCCUACAGCAGAAACGGAAUCUCACCUUUACAGAUGCAGAUACUUUUACUAUACAAACACAUACUGUACAUAAGUAUGUAUUGCCUUAAAGCAGAGCGGCUGUGAUGAACAAAGCAGUCAUGCGUUUUGACAGUUUGGUGUUCUCAGGGAACAGCUUAUUAGAGAUUUUCUUUAUGAUUUUCUCAUGCAAGUUAACCUGCUAUAAGAUAAACAGAGCAGCCAGCCAUUGUUUUUAAAGCAGAGCAGCUAUGAUGAACAAAGCAGUCAUGCGUUUUGACAGUUGGGUGUUCUCAGGGGACAGUUUAUCAGAGAUUUUCUUUAUGAUUUUCUCAUGCAAGUUAACCUGCUACAAGAUAAAUUGAGCCGUCAGGGAUUGUUUUUAUGUGAUCCUUGGUAAGAGCUUUAUUGAUAUUUCUUUCAGUGAUAUUCAGUGUUUCACAUACCUCGAGGGCAUUAUGUAAAAUGUGCUUAAUCAGCACCAAGGUUUUGGAAAAUACAAGUCAUGGACAGGGAGAUAAAUGUAUUUUUCUAGUUGCAUGUUUUGUAGUAUGUAGUUUUUAUAGUCAUUUUUUUUAA